GUCACACUCACACUAGAGAGAGAGCGAGAUUGAGUGUGUGUCUGUGCACGGUGUGAGUUUUCUCCCUACUUUAGCUGGAAAACAGAGCAAUCUGUUUUUAUCUUAAAGAGGAAAAAGAAGCUUUGAGGUUGUGUGUGGCCAUGGCUGCUCGCAGGCUCUCCUCAGUGCUGUCUCGCUCUCUUUCUGCUUCUCAUGCUUCUGGGUCUGCUUCUCUGCCUUCCUCUCUAGUAAGAACUUCUGGCUGUGGAAGAAGCAUCAACAGGUUUAGCACUGCUGCUGUACCUGAGGAAUUAAUUACUCCACCUGUUCAGAUAAGUUACACCCAGCAUCUGAUUAACGGGCAAUUUGUGGAUUCUGCAUCAGGAAAAGAAUUUCCGACACAUGACCCUCGUACCGGGGAAGUGAUUGCCCAUGUUGCUGAAGGUGACGCAGAAGAUAUCAACCGGGCUGUAGCUGCUGCUCGGAAGGCAUUUGAUGAGGGACCAUGGCCAAAGAUGACCGCUUAUGAAAGAUCACGGAUAUUGUUGCGAUUCGCUGAUUUGGUUGAGAAACACAGUGAUGAGCUUGCAGCUCUAGAGACAUGGAACAAUGGGAAGCCUUAUGAACAGGCUGCCAAAUCCGAAUUACCAUUGUUUGUGCGGCUAUUUUACUAUUAUGCUGGCUGGGCAGAUAAAAUCCACGGACUAACAGUUCCAGCUGAUGGAGAUUAUCAUGUACAAACAUUGCAUGAACCAAUUGGAGUUGCAGGACAAAUCAUUCCCUGGAACUUUCCUCUUGUCAUGUUUGCUUGGAAAGUUGGGCCUGCUCUAGCAUGUGGUAAUACUAUUGUCCUGAAGACGGCGGAGCAAACGCCUUUGACUGCUCUCUAUGUGGCAAAGCUAUUCCAUGAGGCUGGUCUUCCUCCAGGUGUGUUAAAUGUAGUUUCUGGCUAUGGUCCAACUGCUGGUGCGGCUCUUGCCAGCCAUAUGGAUGUGGACAAACUAGCAUUCACAGGAUCAACUGCUACUGGGAAAAUUGUUCUUGAAUUGUCCGCAAGAAGCAAUCUUAAGCCGGUAACACUAGAGCUAGGAGGGAAAUCACCUUUCAUAGUAUGUGAGGAUGCUGAUGUUGAUAAGGCUGUGGAGCUUGCACACUUUGCUCUGUUUUUUAAUCAGGGGCAAUGUUGCUGUGCUGGGUCUCGUACAUUUGUACAUGAACGUAUAUAUGAUGAGUUCCUAGAGAAAGCAAAGACACGUGCUAUGAGACGCGUUGUUGGGGAUCCCUUCAAGAAGGGUGUGGAACAAGGUCCUCAGAUUGACCCGGAGCAAUUUGAGAAAAUCCUUAGGUACAUAAGAUCUGGAAUCCAAAGCAAUGCCACCCUUGAAUGCGGAGGUGACAGAUUAGGCUCCAAAGGCUACUUUAUUCAGCCCACUGUCUUCUCGAAUGUUCAGGAUGAUAUGUUGAUAGCAAAGGAUGAGAUCUUUGGUCCAGUGCAAUCCAUCUUGAAAUUCAAUGAUAUUGAUGAAGUAAUACGAAGGGCGAACGCAACGCGCUAUGGUUUAGCUGCAGGAGUUUUUACUAGAAACUUGGACACUGCCAACACCUUGAGCCGAGCACUAAGAGCUGGUACCGUGUGGGUUAAUUGCUUUGAUGUGUUUGAUGCUGCAAUUCCUUUUGGUGGGUAUAAGAUGAGUGGCAUAGGCAGGGAGAAGGGAAUCUACAGCCUUCACAACUACUUGCAAGUCAAGGCUGUUGUUACUCCUUUGAAGAAGGCAGCGUGGUUGUAAGCGUCUCAGUUCCACCAUGUUGUCUCACUUUUCCUGUUCUAAAUAAGGAACCAACCAUACAUGGUGAUCAGCUUGUAAUUGAAAUGCACAGAAAGUAGUAAACCUCGAGAAAACUUACUUGUUUGCACCCGACUGCCCCAAGUUUACAUUUGCAUCUCUUUGGAAUCCUAGUGACAUUUUGAGUGAUGCUGUUA